CCCCUCCUCGGGCCACGCCUUGCCCCUCCCGCUUGUUCUGGGAACGCCCGCUUGCUCGAUGGCCCGCCUUCAGGGUGUUGCCGACAUUUGGUCCCGCCCCUGUGUACUCGACUUCCGCUCGGGGAAAGUCUGCUUCCGGUCUUUGGCGUUGCCCGGCAAGAUGGCGGCACGGGGGCGUCUGCGGGUAUUGGCACUAGCGGGCUUCCGGCAGAGCGAGCUGGGCUUCCGCGAAAAGACUGGAGCCCUGAGGAAGGCACUGCGGGGCCGCGCCGAGCUCGUGUGCCUCAGCGGCCCGCACCUGGUCGCGGGUGCUGCGGCCCCCGAGGGCGCCAGGCCAGACUCCGAGCUCUGUCUUCCGGAGGAACAGCCUCGAGGCUGGUGGUUUUCAGAACAGGAGGCAGACAUUUUCAACGCCCUGAGCCAUCCCACAGUGUGCAGAGGUCUGGAGGAAGCCCUGGGAACCGUGGCACAGGCACUGAAGAAGCUGGGGCCUUUCGAUGGGCUCCUUGGUUUCAGCCAGGGGGCCGCGCUAGCAGCCCUUGUGUGCGCCCUUGGCCAAGCGGGAGAUCCCCGAUUUCCCUUGCCAAAGUUUAUCAUCCUGGUGUCUGGUUUUUGUCCCCGAGGCCUUGGACUCAAAGAACCCGUCCUCGAGGGCCCCUUGUCGCUACCUUCCCUCCAUGUUUUCGGGGACGCUGACUGUGUCAUCCCCUCUCAGGAAAGUAUGCAGCUGGCUAGCCGUUUCUCUGGAGCCGUCACCCUCACCCACUCUGGUGGCCACUUCAUUCCAGCAGCUGCAGCCCAGCGCCAGGUCUACCUCAAGUUCUUGGACCAGUUUGCAGACUGAAAGAUGAACAGGAGCUCUGCCCCUCUGUCCCCUUCCCCCACAUGACCUUGGGGCAGCCUCUGUACUCCAGUCUCCCUGCCUUUCUCCUGCGCUCGCAGCUCCCCUGCGGUAGCGUUCCUCAGUAUCUCAGUUAAAAGACAUACCAGUUAUUUAGACUCAAAUUAUUAUAAGUUCAGCUCUACACUGAAGACAAAAAGGGAGCAGGAUACUCAGACAUGGCAUCUGAUACUCAAACAUGAAAAAAGACAGUAGAGCCCUGGAUGCGUGGAGGGAAAAGCAGGGGCUGGCACUGUGACUGCCACAUAAUAAAGUGGUGAUUUGGAUUUUGAGCAUCUUUUUCCUCGUACAGAAAAAAACCAUCUUGUGACCGAAGUCUGGAUUUCUGACCUUCCAUAAACUUCCAGGGCAGCACCAAACAGGGAAGUGUUUCCAGUUGUGAGUCUCCAGGACCAGCUCGUGGUAGAAGUCUUAAGUGCCAAGCUGAAGGAAAGGAGGCCUUGGUGGCUGAAGUGGGAGAGUUUACACCUGAGGAGUUUGGGAAGAGGUCCCUUGGCAUGGUCCUGCCUGGGCUAUCCUGAGUUAGGGUCCUCUGUCCUCACCGCUGAGGGCUGUGUGCUAGUCCUAUCAGACUUUGGCAUCUUGGGCUCUCUGCUUUCUUCUCCAGAACUGCCGUAGACCCUCUGAACUACCAGCUUGAGGGGUGGGAUGGUGCUCGACCUUGGGUAGAGGCCCCAGACUGCACAGAAGAAACCCGUUUCCAGACCUCACCUCAUCUGCAGAGUUCCUGGGGUUGAUGCUCUCUCGCAAGGAUCCAGCCAAGGCCUGAGGAGCCCCUCCAGUUCUAGAGUACAGUUAGUUGUUCCUAGGCCGCUGCCAGGACCACUUUCACUAUUUGCCCCAUGUCCAGUGCCACAACCUGUGGCUUACCCUGCACUCUGAUUCCAACCCUGCCUCUGCAGGUUCACCAGCUUGUUCAUUUUCUGGAAGAUCACAGGAGGCCCUGGUCCAACCCUCACACAUGGUUGUCCCCAGGGAGUUUUAGUAAUUGAGCAGGAAUUAGGAUUAGGGGAUACAGCAUAUCUAAGAUGGAAAAACUGGAGUUUUACUGGAUUUAGGACCUUUACAGCAGAAAGUGGGGAUGGGAGGAUAGUUCUUUCAUGCUGCAGUCUGUCUUUGCCUUGCUCUUGGUGUUUAAAGGGGUCCCUUCUUUGGCAAAAGGAGGAGACUCAGAAAUGGACUGAAUUAUUCCUACAGACCUGUUGGAUUUGGCCCAUGGGAUUUUAGAAAAUACUCAAUUUUUGAUAUUUAAGGUUUUUGGCAUUUCACACAGUCAAAUCAGAUUCCUGGCUUCUCUGGAAAUAAGCGGUUUGGAAUGGAAUAUAGUGGAUCUGCAGUUCAGAGCUCACAUACCCCAUGGCAGUCAUGGGCUGCCCACUUUAGCACCGUCCCAAGAUGUGAAAAUGACAGUUGCUACCACAGUGGUUGCAACUUUGAAUUAUUUUGAGGACUAAAGGAAAGAGGGCAAGAUAAUAGUGGGGAAUGAAUUUUUAGCCAGGGUUUAAAAUUAGAAGGGUGAUGGUAGAGGAGAACAGUGUGAGGUAGAGAAGUCCUCAUGUUCUGUUUGAGAAUUCUGCCUCCUGCACCUCCUGCUCCAAGGACAGAAAAUGUCCAAGAUAGAAGGAGAACAUGUGGUCCCCUGGUUCCAAACAAGUGAGCUAUGUCCUGUCCUGUCAUGUCCUUCAGGAACAACGGAGUCUGUUAGGGUGAUUGCCCCCAACCAUACACACAUGCUGUGGGCCACUUGCAUCAGAAUCAUGUCAAAACUUAGAUUCCUGGGGCCAACUCCUGACCUUCUGAGUCAAACACAGAGACCCAGGAAUCUGCAUUUUGGCAAACUCCCUGGAUGUUCCCAUGCAACACAACUUUUGAAAACCACUGCCUUAGAAUAAAAGUCUGGUAAAUAUGUGCUUAA